AUGGCGCCAACAGAAGCAACGAUACUCUCAACAUUUCUGCUUCCUCCCGCACCUCUACCGACCAUCAUCUCCCUCAAAGCCUUCACCGAGCUGUUUCCCCGCUCCCAGCAAUCCUCUCCUCAGAUCAAGGCACUUUACCGCGAUUUACAGCACCAGCGCGUCAAAAUCACUGAUGCAGUCGCCCGCAACAUAGCUGCGGAGACAAAGAGAGGGAAUGCGCAACGGCGGGCUGUUGUAAAGGCGCGGAGAGAGUCGGAAAAGGAGGAUCCGGAUGAUGAAGUGGAAAUCGAGAAUGCUCUUUUCGGCCCAACGUCAAAUCUAUCCUCCUCCAAGUCACAUACCUUGACGUCGAUAUUACCAGAACUAGAGGGUGCCGCAGGAGAUAUUGAAGAAGAAAUUCGAAGGCUUGACGAGGAAGCAGAAGCGCUGCUGGAAGAGAUGAGAAGUACUGUUGGGGGAUUGAGUGAUCUACGGUACGGACGAUUGGCGAAUGGACAGCUCCGUGAAGAAGUCCUUGAAGGUCUUUCUAGGUUGGAGAACUCUUGCGACACGAGAUAA